AUGCUACGAAAGACGGUGCUGGACGUGACUCAGCGCGCGAAGCAGUCACAGGCACUCAAGCAGAUCACGGCCUCGUAUGAGCACCUUCCACCUCCCUCUGGUCUCAAUGUGAGCUGCAUCUUGUGGACUGCGGGACGCGAGUUGAAGCCGACAAGGAGCAAAGAAGCGUCGGUUCAGAGCUUCCGAGAUCCGUUUGCCAAGGAGCACUUGGACCAAGAGUUGUUUGUCGCGCAACUACACGGGACGCACAAUCUCGUACUGAAUAAGUUCAGCAUCGUGGACGAGCACGUGGUGCUGGCUACUGUCGAGUUUGCCCCGCAGGAGGAGCCGCUGGACGCUGCCGACUUUCGCGCCAUGUGGACGGUCAUGCACGAACUGGACGCCUUCGCCUUCUUCAACUGCGGCUAUGAGAGCGGUGCUAGCCAACCCCAUAAACACAUGCAACUCAUGACAUAUCGAUCGAUGAAAGAGAUUACUGAACUUGACAUGCCGCCGCUGCUGCACUUUAUCGCCCAACAGCUGAGCUCGCACUCGACGUCCGAGACUGUCCAGUUACCGGAGCUUCCGUUCUGCCACUUCCUCCAUCGUAUUGAUGUUGCAGAUGGUACCGAUAGCAAGAGAGCAGCGGCUGACGUGGUCGCUAUCUACGACAAGGUUCUCCGCCGAAUGAACAGCAUGGCGUAUCCGAGAGCACUGCAGACUUCAUCGUCGCUGUUCGUGUCGUACAACUUGCUGCUCACUUCUUCGUUCCUUUUCAUGAUCCCUAGGAAAGCUGAAGGUUUCAAUGGCAUUGAAGUGAACUCGAUCGGCUUCAUCGGGUCCUUUUUUGUGUCCGACAACAAGCAACGCGCGUACGUGAUGGCGUGCGAUGGACCUCUGGACCUGCUGCGCCACGUUACGUUUCCGCCUGCACGGGCGGAGCCGAGAUAA